AGGUGACAGCUUUGGCAGUGCAUGGGAACUACAUGGUCACGGCGGGAGCUGAAGCCAAAUGGAAGGUGUGGGACCUCCGGACCUACAACAUGCUCCACUGCUAUGGCAGGAAAUAUGGCCAUGCGGUGAACAGCAUCGAUGUGUCCAUGACCGGCAUGGUGGCCAUGAGUUGCGGUGGCUUUCUGGACGUCUUCAAAGACGUUUUCAGCACCGCCAGACCCAGCAAGCCGUACAUCAAGGAGCAGUACAGAGGUCUUCAGAUCGAAUCUUUGAGGUUCCGGCCUUUCGAGGAUGUCUGCUGUGUGGGACAUUCCGGAGGCUUCUCCAGCCUCAUAGUUCCUGGCGCUGGGAAGGCAAACUUCGAUUCGUUCGAGGCGAACCCUUUCGAGACCAAGAAACAGCGCCAAGAGCGCGAGGUGCAGUCGUUGCUGGACAAACUGCAGCCCGAUUCCAUCAUGUUGGAUCCCGAUCGCAUCGGCGAGAUCAACCACGAAGUGGCCAAGGCCUACAACCAGAAAAAGAAGGAGGAAGAGGAGAAGGAAGCGGAGGAGGCUAAGAAGGCUACUAAGAAGAUGCGGGGAAAGAACAAGGUGGGAAAUCGCAUGAAGCGGAAAGCGCUGAAGAAAGGGGCCGAACAGAGGCAAAAGACCAAGGAUCGCCUGGCGCAGGGCGGUGGUGAAGAUGAUGACGACGAUGACGACGAAGAUGAUGACGAUGAAGACGAAGAUGCAGCUGGCGAAGCUGCCGGAGAGGGCACUCGUCUCGAGCGGCAACCAGCACCUCCGGGUGUUGGUGCAGCCCUUUCACGCUUCUACGGCAAGCGGCGGCGGAAGACCUGAGCACCACAAAAAGCGGGAAAAAACGAAGAAGUCCCAGGAUUUCUA